CUUUGUUAUCUGGCAGUGGUAGGAGUACCAUUGGUUGUGAAGGGAGCGAUCAAACAAGCUCCUUGCUGCCACUCCUCGCAUCGCAGAAGAUCCCGUAGCCUGUGUCGACUUCGAGCAUCUCCAUGGUGAUCUCCGAAGAGUACUUGCAUCGCUUCGUGGAGGAGACCGACUGGUACAAUGGCAUUGUUCUGGGUAAUCUGUUGCCCGACGGCGCCUGGAAAGGCCUCCCGCGGCCGCUUCAGUCUUGGGUUCGGAACUACGUUGGCGGUACCAUUCUCUACUUGGUAUCUGGGUUGCUUUGGUGCUUCUACAUCUACUACUUGAAACGCAAUGUCUACGUCCCCAAAGAUGCUAUACCGUCCAGAAAGGCCAUGUUUCUGCAAAUAGUGGUUGCAAUGAAGGCUAUGCCUUGCUACUGUGCACUUCCAACACUCUCAGAAUACAUGGUGGAAAGUGGGUGGACUAGAUGUUUCUCUAGUAUUAGUGAAGUUGGUUGGCUCGCCUACAUAACUUACCUAAUAAUAUAUUUAGUCUUCUGUGAAUUUGGGAUUUACUGGAUGCACCGGGAGUUGCAUGACAUCAAACCAUUAUACAAGCAUCUUCAUGCAACGCACCAUAUAUAUAACAAGCAGAACACUCUUUCACCCUUUGCUGGUUUGGCAUUCCAUCCAUUGGAUGGCAUACUUCAGGCAUCUCCUCAUGUUAUGGCUCUGUUCCUUAUCCCGACUCAUUUCAUGACACAUAUACUGCUCUUAUUCUGGGAGGCAAUCUGGACCGCAAACAUUCAUGAUUGCAUCCAUGCCAAAGUUUGGCCUGUCAUGGGUGCUGGCUACCACACAAUACACCACACCACCUACCGCCACAACUAUGGUCAUUACACCAUAUGGAUGGACUGGAUGUUCGGGUCCCUGCGUGACCCCGAGGAGCCUCUCAUGUCAAAGGCAGAGUGAUGGAGCUUUCAUUGAUUUGUUUCUGGUUCAUGUUUAUAUCUUGGAAUGCUAUGAACCACCAGUUUAAAUUUAAACAACUAUGUCUAAACUAUACAUUUGGGCAAAUUAGAUGCAUCACAGGUGUGUAAAUUAUUUUGAGCUUCA